UUUUUUUUUAAUUUUAAGUGAACCAUCGCAUAGAAUAUUUACAAUAAUUGAGGAUGAUAUUGGGGAUAAAUUUUCGUUUAAUGUUGCCGAAAAACAAGAAAAGAGAAAAACAAUCAAAUCAAACGCCAAUUCGUUUGGAGAAAAUAAAAUCAAAGAAACAUUCUUCUUUAAAAUUCAAAACAGAAAAAAUGAAAAUAAUUGCAUAUUUAGGACAAUUAGCUGGACAAAAUUAUAAUUUAAUUGACGAAUAUUUAUUGUUUGAAUUAACUCUUUUAAAUAAUCGGUUGUUAAAAAUAGAACCUGAUUUUGAACAGAAAAAUAUAAUAAAUACAAGAAAUGGAAAUUUUGUAGCAAAAAUAUUUGUUGAAGAAAAUAUUAAAGAAUUUGAUGAAUUAAAAGUAGAUGAAAAUGAGGAGGAGGUGGAGGUGGAGGAGGAGGAAGAAGAGAAGGAGGAAGAAUAUUUUGAAACACCGGAAAGUGCCGAAGAAUAUUGGUUACAUUAUUUUAUUGAAAUUGCUCGUGCUAGGGAUUUUCCUAAUUCUAAUUUACGUGUUGAAUGGCUUAUUCAAUUACCAAUAAAUGCAGAAUUGAGACCAACAGAAAUGAUUGAAGGAAUAAGUCAUUUUUGUGAAUCUAAAACUGACGGAGAUGAAGAUAUUUUCCAUUUCGGUCAAUUACUACAAUUUAGUAUUAAUUGGAAAACAAAAAAUAAAUUGAUUAAAGAAAAUUAUAUUCUUUGGCCAAAUAUUUUAUUUCGUUUAACUUCUCAAGAUUGUUGGAAUCGAUUUUCAAAUAUUCAAUUACCCAUAAAUCCAGGAAUUAAUUAUUUUACUAUUAAAUGUUGGAAACCUUUUGCUAGUUUUGAUUCAAAAUUUGAGGAAUUACAUAGUAGUCAUUUAGGGGAAAUUAAUUGUUUUGGGGCUUCUGAAAAUUGGGUAAAAAAUAUUUUAUAA